AUGGUCUACUAUUUCACAUCCAACGUGGUCAGCCCGUCCGCUUUUUUGUACGUCGGCAAGGACAAGUUUGAAAAUGAGGACCUGAUCCAGUUUGGAUUAGAAAGCGAUGUCUGUGCCCACGUCUACGUUCGCCUCCGUGAUGGAGAAACAUGGGAAAAUAUCCCGCAGCCCCUGCUCGAUGACUGCGCACAACUCACUAAGGCGAAUUCCAUUGAAGGAAACAAGAAAGACAACAUCACCAUAAUCUACACACCGUGGUCCAAUCUCAAGAAGGAUGGCUCGAUGGCGAUCGGUCAGGUCUCAUUUCAUAACCCCAAAUUGGUCCGCAAAGUCCUGAUCCGGGAACGUGAAAACUCGAUUGUCAACCGACUCAAUAAGACCCGCGUUGAGAAGUUUCCCGAUCUCCGAGCAGAGAAGGAGGAGUUCAUGAGGAAGAAGCGGAACGAGGACCGAAAAAGCCGAGACCAGCAGCGAGAAAAGGACAAGCUGGAAAAAAGAGAGCGGGAGCAACUCAAGUGGCAGAAGGAUCAUGCCUACGAUGACAUGUUUAGCGCAGAAAACAUGGAGGCUAGCAGCAACCAGGACCGAGACGCCGACUUCCUGGAUGACUUUAUGUGA